AUGGACGCCCAUUUGUCUUACGCCACGAUAUGGGUCAAUAGCCAAGAGACUAGACGGAAGUGUGAAAUCUUAAAGAACUACCUGUUAGGUCUGAAGAGAGAAUUGGACACCACCUUCCCUUCUCUUGAGUUUGCUGGAAUUCUCUUCAGAGAGACUGGACAUUCUCCCAACACCUGCAGCUGGGCCAUCUUCCCUGAUGGAGGUCUAGUUUCAGGUCCCAGCGUCUUCCAUUAUGACCUGCCCAGACCUGGUUUAACAAAUUCAGCAAAUCUGGCUGGGGUCAGCCUAGUGGGUCAGAAAAAAACCCUCAAUGAAAGAGGUUGGAAAUCUCCAAUCUUUAUCCCAAAACAUGUCACUGAUGACUUGAACGUAUCACCAGAUACUCAAGAUACAGAGGAGAGCUUCCACCUAUGGGAGAAUGACCCUCUGAAGAGAAAUUUGGAAUCAUCAUCAGAACCAUUAAAGGGGACAUCUGAGAGUCAAAUGGGUGACAUUCCACAAGACCCUGUCAUUCCUCCAGUCCAGGGGAGAAAGUUAGAUCCACUUCCAAAAGAGCAUAGACAUCUUAGGAAGGCCAUAAGGACAAAGAGAAUGAGGAAGAGGAAGAGGAAGAGGAAGGAGAAAGUGGAGACCUACUGCCCCCCGAUUCUUCCAACACCUUUGGCACCGCCACAAAGUGAAGAAGAUGAGGUGGUAGAUACGAAGCUGACUGUACUCAGUGUUCAGGAAGAUGAUCCUGAACUUCCCAAUGAGGACAGAUUGCAGAGUCAGCAGGGUGAGAGUGCCUGUGUGAUGCAUCAGGAGUGUCAGAUCCAGCCCUGUGAGCUCCCAGCAUCCCCAGAGCCCGGGCCUUCUUCUCCAGUGACAUCCUUGGCAUCACCACCACUCUGCUUUGGUCGCUUCUUAAGCUGUGUCUGCCAGACCUUCUCAAGGUCUAGGAAGCGGAAGCCCCCCAGAAGACAGGGCACUGAGCUGGCUGAGGCAGGAGAUGAUGCUAAGGCUCUAAGACCUGGCCUCCUGAGGGAUCUGGGCAAAAACAGAGUGCAGCCUCAUGAGGGCCUGUAGCAAGCUGAUGUCAGUAGACGCUCUCUCUGUGUUUUGUUUUAUAGUUUUCUCCAUAUCGUUGUUCUUGUUGGUUGAGUUCUUGUUUAUCAAAAAG